GCUCUACUUUGACAUACUGUACCUCAGGGUAGGUGACUAAAAUCUCUUAUCUUUUAUCCUUUGCGCAAAAUCAUUAAACCAGACCUGAAGACAGAUAUUGUGUGCGCAGUGCUGACCUUUUGGAGUUUUUGAUAAUGCCCAACAAAGCACAGGAGGAUGCUGUGAUCAAUCUAAAGACGCUGCAGGAGAUUUCCAGGCAGCUUGGUUUUGAGUGGACAGUUUUGGCAUAUGAGCUCGGCUUCAACAGAACUGAGAUAGGACGCUUCCACGCCAGCUCUACAGAGAAGAGUGUCCAGGCCAAGGCCAUGUUGGAAAGCUGGUACGAGAAGUCAUGGGACAAGCCGAAUAAGACCAAGCUGCUGCAAGACGGACUGGAGCGAGCCGGCAGACGGGACCUGGCUGAGAGACUGCAUUGCCUCCACUGGGGUCACCAGAAACUGAGUCAAAGGGUGGAGCUUCCCUCUGCCUUCCCCUUCCUCAUCACAGUCCACAGGACCAUCGACAACCGAGACGCACUACGUAAAAUCAACGACCUAAGUCGUAGAUUCACUUAAACCUGGGUGAAAACGCAAGUAGUUGUGGCUAUGUCUGUAAUUUGUGUUCUAUAUGUGCAUAUGUGAUACUGCAAAGAAGCAAAUGGACUCAGAAUCAAUUAACCAACAAAUCAGGAUGUAUGCUACUUUUUGUAGUGCAAGAAAUUAAAGCUUUGCAAUAAGGAUAAAGGCUGUCUUUGGACUGAUUUUAAAAAGUUUAUUAAUUUUAAUUGAUAUACAAAAGACAAAGGUCAAGACAGUUUAUGUGGGUCAAC